CUUUGUCUCAUUUCCUCUUGUAAAGGAAAGAAGAACCGCGACUUGAAUGUGCAGCUCAUUAUUCGGGGUAAAGCCUCUAAAAUUUACAAACUGUACUGGAAUCUUGCCCGUAGCGUUUGACCGAGACUGAAGCCUUAAUGUUCAACGUCGAUUCAGUUGGGAGUAAGUGUGCGCUAAAUCCGUGGGUCUGAGAACAGGGUGUUGUCUAAAUAAAGGGAAGUAGCCUUGAACUCGGCGCGGAGGCAGCCAAGCAGCAUGUAUGAGAGCAGAUCGGAUGAUGCUGGAUGUGACUCAACUGGAUCGGAACCAGCUGUCAGCAAUGCCGACGCCCACGACAGCGGGACAUCCAGACAGGGAAGCGUUGUGGAGCGACUUUCGAGAUAUGGCAUGCAGGUCAUGCCCAGCGCUUUCCAGCGUAGGUCGAGGCUGCAGAGGCAACAAGAAGUCAUUGACAGCUCCGCACAGGGGGGGUUCCAGACUGAGGCUCCGGAGAGAGGCUCGCUCACACCCGCUAUGCGUAAGAAAUACCUGAAAGAGUUGCUUCUGAGCGACCCAUCGCAUAGCGGGUUUAGCAGCGUGCUGUCCUCGCAAACUCGCAGUGUGUGCUCCGAGCAGGACGCGGACUGGGCUUUGAAUCCGAUGGAGCACGCAUGGAUGCUGUCUGCAGUGGAGGGAAACUAUGACACCAUACUGGAGUUCAUCUCCGCGGACCCCUAUCUGUUAACCAGGAAGGAUUUCAUCAGCGGGUACUCGGUCUUGCACUGGUUGGCCAAGAGAGGACACGACGAGACUUUGCUUAAACUUCUGCGGUACGCGGAAAGUGCGGGGAUCCCCGUGAACGUGAACCUGCGAGGCAGCGGCGGGCUCACCCCGCUGCACGUUGCCAGCAUGCAAGGUCAGUACAUGGUCAUCAAGCUGCUGGUCGGAGCGUUCAGUGCCAGCGUCGAUGCCAUGGACUACAAUGGGAAAAGAGCCUGGCAGUAUCUGAAGGGAGACGCCCCGCCGGAGAUGAAGGAGCUGCUGGGGACCUGGGACGAGGAGCACAGCUGUGGGUGUGCGCAAAAUGUCAACAAAAACGCCAACAACAACAGCGCCGGCGCAAUGAACUUAACCGCAUAUGAUGAGGUCGACGGUGGAGAGACUGCUGAAGCGAACUCCUUUACCCGGACUAAGAGGAGUGGUGGCAGCUGGAGGUUUGGGUCUUUAAGGAAGCUGCUACCCUCGUUUUCGUUAUUUGGAAACAAAAACUGAGUGUUUGGACAGCAGCCUGCAAAUAUGUGCAUUGUUUCACAUUCAUGGACCCCAACCUUCAGACCUUUACCAAGUCAUUACGCUUGCAGCUUUGUCAGCGCAGCAAGAAUGUUUCUACUUCUUUAAACAAAUUUACACCUGGGUAAAGUGUUUAUUUAAUAAAGUUUAAUUUCUCUCCAUUCUAGAGCAACACCACCAUGUUUUUUCAGUCCUUAAAAACAGAGUUUCUACUGGAAACGGACUGAAAUUCCCACUGUAGUUAAAGAUUGUUGUAGGAUUUAAGGCAGAAAUAAUUAAUGAAAUGGAGAUUCACAAUGGUUAUCUAAUGGAUAAGAAUACUUUGUACAUUCAACCCUUCCUCUAAAAAUCCUUCAAAUUAAACCAUUUAAGAAUAAGUUAUUCUUAAAGGUUGGGAGCCACUGUAUCAAUUCACCUUAAUCCACUCCAAGUCUAGAUUGAUUUUCAGGGAGUCAGUCAUCUGGUUAAAUACAAAAACCUGAAGAAAGUACUGGUACUUGAGUACAUUUUUCAAUUUUGCAUCAACUUCCACUGAACCUAGCUUUAAUAAACAUGAUAUUGCA